AUGUUCACAAGAGAUAAGAAGACAGAGUAUUCAGCUGACAAUAUCACAGCAGCCAGGAGUCUGCAGUUCUUAGCGUACUUGUGCACGUCGAUGGCAGCGUUCUGGACCUAUGAUUAUGCUUGUUUACUGCACGAAGAGUGGACAUUCCUCCUUCGGUCGCGCUGGACCAAGAUAAAGGGCCUUUAUAUCAUUACACGACAUGCCCCCUUUGUCUUCAUCGUCACUGAGCUAUAUCGUGCGUUCGGCUCCAGCACAUAUCUUGCCGAUGGUGAAUUCACUUAUUGUGCUCCAGAGUACUUCACCCCGAACGAAAACACCAACACAUGCCGGAUGUCGCUCAAUGUUCACUCAUGUUUCGGCAUAAUAUCAAUCGGUUGCUCUGAAUGUAUCUCUCCUUCCCCUCCAAUUUCACGUGCUCCUGAUCUGAUUAAUCUAGUAUUUUUUGUCCUCAGGACAUAUGCGCUCUGGAGCAACAAUAGAACCAUACUCGCGGCCGUGUUGUCCGCAUUUCUCGUGAGUCCUCUCACUCUUUCCACACCCAAAGCUCGGGGUGAAUGCAAUGGCCAGGGCACUGUGGUUGCAUCCAUCGUCGUUGGUUUCAUCACCGUUGCCGCAUCACAAGUUACAACCAGUGCAAUUCCAGGCCUCCCAGCCUGCUUCAGGACCUCGACCAGCUUCAUGCAAUUUCUUCUCUUGUUUGCAUUUCAACUAGGACUAAUCACCCUCACCCUCAUACGUGCUAUACUGAGCUGGCGGACGAAUAACGGCCCUCUGUACGCCAACCUGGUGAAGCAUAACAUAUCCUACUAUGCAUCCGUUCUCUCGGCUGUCAACGUCCUCAUACUAAUGUUGUUUGACGGUUCCGCAUAUCACUCCCUCUUUGAAGAUUUCGAGGUCUUGAUCCUUGCCAUCCUCGCCACACGCAUGCAUCUCCAUCUUUGGCAUAUCGACCGGGAUGCACGCGGCUCUGAUGCCAUCGAGAUGACUUGUUUGUCUGAUAUGGUUCCAGCGGAACCUGUGGCUUAUUCGGCGCUGUUUGUGGAGUGA